AUGCGUAUUAUAUGUACGGUCGAAUGCGACUCUUCCGACUACGUCAACGCUGGAUGUCUGUCCCAACCCGACGACUCCGGGGUCUUGCACCCUGUAGCAUUUUUCUCCCGCAAGUUGAUCCCCGCAGAAUGCAAUUACGACAUCUACGACAAAGAACUGAUGGCAAUUGUACGAGCCUUUGAAGAAUGGAGAGCCGAACUAGAAGGAACAGAAAUACCAGUGGAGGUUAUCAGUGACCACAAGAAUCUCCAGCAUUUCAUGACGACUAAGCGGUUGAGCCGUCGCCAAGCGAGAUGGAGCGAAUUCCUCUCGAGGUUCAACUUCAAACUGAUCUACCGGCCUGGAGCACAAGGCGGCAAACCUGAUGCCUUGACGCGACGAUCCUCGGAUUUGCCCCAGGGCGAUGACGACGAACGACAGGAACAUCAGAAUCAGAUAGUACUAAAACCAGAAAACCUGUCGCCCGAUAUGUUGCCUGUUUCCCUGAACCAGGCCGAGAUAGACCCAAACGACCAGGUAGUCCAGAAACCCAUCGAAGACCUGAUAUCGAUUGCCUACGAGAACGAUACUGUUUCCUCGAAGGUAUUGGAAGCGUUGAAGAAUAGAGAUAGCAUUGAUCCGCCAGAACUGAAGGAGGUGAAACUCCCACGGGCUCUGCUCUCCGAGAAGCAUCAGAGAUUGUACUUCAAAGAUAGACUAUACAUCCCUGAGGAUGAAGAGCUGCGUCUUCAUUUGUUACGAUCAUCCCACGACAGUGCUGCGGCUGGGCACCCUGGAAAAGCGAAAACAUACGAACUUCUCUCUCGACACUACUACUGGCCAAAGAUGAGCCGAGAUGUGAAACGAUAUGUACGAAACUGUCACAUUUGUUCACGAUCAAAAGCCUCGAGACUGUCAUAUCAAGGACUACUGGAACCAUUAAAAACCCCAUUCACAAAGUGGGAAGAUAUUGCGGUAGAUUUCAUUGUAGACCUGCCUCGCAGUAAAAAUGAAACGACAGGCCAGGUAUGCCGGAACAUAAUGGUCGUAACAGACAGGCUCUCGAAGCAACGACAUUUUAUCGGUUGUGGGUCCAUAGAAGCCAGAUAUGCUGCACGACUCUUUCUUCAUCAUGUUUGGAAGCAUCAUGGACUACCAAAGACAAUUGUGUCCGAUCGCGGUACCCAGUUUACAUCGAGGUUAUGGCAGAGGCUGUGCCAGAGACUGAGAAUAUCGUUGAAACUUUCCACCGCGUAUCACCCAGAAACAGACGGACAAUCAGAAAACUCCAACCAGGGCCUUGAGCAAUACCUCCGAGCUUAUGUCAACUACGUCCAGGACGACUGGGUCAACUGGCUUCCGCUUGCCGAGUUCGCGAUAAACAACCAUCGAUCAGAGACCAACGGGGUGUCACCGUUCUAUGCCGUAUAUGGACAACACCCUCGACUGGGUAAUGAACCUUCAGAAGGCGUGCGCAAACUGCCUCAGAAACAACAACUAGACGUCGCAGCCGCUGACCGGUUCGCUGAAUGGAUGACGAAGUUGACAGAAAAUCUACGCAACGAAAUGGACAUGGCCCAAAGCCAACACGCAGAACAAGCAAACAAGUUCCGAUGUUCUGCACCACAGUUUAAACAAGGGGAUAAAGUAUGGCUCGACACAAGAAAUUUAAGCAUGGAUCGCCCGAGCAAGAAACUAUCCGAUAAGUAUAUAGGCCCAUUCGAGAUUAUAGAAGUUGUUGGUCCAGCUACUUGUCGACUCGAUCUCCCACCAUCGAUGAAGAUCCACAAUGUCUUCCACACAAAUCUGCUACGUUCAGCAAGUACUGACCCGUUCCCCGGCCAAGACCAACCGAUGCGAACGCAUGUCAAGAUGGAACAAGAUAACAACAGUCGAGAAUGGAUGGUGGAGAAAGUACUGAAUUCUCGGAUAACCAAGAACAGAUAUGGAAAAAUAAGGCUCGAGUACUUUGUCAAAUGGAAGGGAUACCCUCCUUCGUGGCGACCUCAACGAGAUCUGAUACCUGGAAGCGAGGCACUGCUCUAUACGUUUCACGACCAGAACCCAGAUAGGCCGUCACCAAGCGAGUUAUGGCGUCGCAGGAGCUCCUAG